AUGGAUUCAUCAAAACAUCUUGUUGUUCAGCUUAAUAAAGAUAUCGAAUAUAUAUUUCAGUUCACCCGGUGGGUUUUUAAACCUUUAGGAUUAUGGUGGAUACUUUCAAGUGACAAAAAAUUAUCCAAUAAAAUAAUUUCUUUCGUUCUAAUUUCAAUAAAUACAUUCAUGAUGCUCUCCAUCAUUAUACCAAGUAGUAUUCAUAUGAUUUUUGUAGAAAAAGAUCUUGCAGCACGUAUUUUAUUAUUCGGUCCAAUUGGAUUUACUCUUACCAGUUUUAUUAAAUAUUACCUAAUAAUAUUCCAAGCUAAUAUGGUGCAACUUUGCUUCAAACAUAUCAAAGAUGACUGGGUUUCAAUAGCAGUGGAAAGUGAAGAGAAUCGAGCCUUUAUGUUGAAGAGUAUCAGAUUUGGCAGAAAUCUAACUAGUGUUUGUGCUGUAUUCAUGUUCAGUGGAGGACUUUCUUAUGAUACAAUCAUGCCUCUUUUAGCAGAUACAGAAUUAGAUGAGUUUAAUAACACAAUAAGAACAGAAGUAUAUCCUGGAUAUGAUUUGUUUCUUGAUUCUCAAACUUCUCCAGCUUAUGAAAUUAUUUAUUGGGUCAAUGUCCUAGGAGCGACUGCUACUUAUAUUAUUACAACAGCUGCGUGUAAUUUAGGUGCUAUGUGUGCUAGUCAUAUUUGUGGACAAGUCAUUUUGAUCAACUCCAGACUUAAAAGUCUCAUUGAUAAUUACAUUAUUAAAGAGAAAGGAGAUGAUUCAUUUAAUGAUCGAAUUUCGUACAUUGUUCAAUGUCAUGUGAGAAUGUUGAAAUUUUCAAAAAAUCUUGAAAGUUUACUUAGAGGUAUCUGUUUAAUUGAAGUGGUAGCAUCAACAUUGAUUAUUUGCUUACUUGAAUAUUAUUGUAUGACGGAAUGGGAAAAUAGUGAAACUGUUGCAAUAAUAACAUAUUUCAUGUUGCUAAUUUCUCUGUGCUUUAAUAUAUUUAUAUUCUGUUAUAUUGGUGAAGUACUUCAACAACAAUGUGCAUCGAUUGGUAAUUCAGCUUACAUGAUCAACUGGUAUGAAAUUCCUGGAAAUAAGGGACUAUCCCUUUCGUUAAUUAUUGCAGUGGCCCGCUUACCAUGUAAAAUAACUGCUGGAGGAAUGAUGGAUUUAAAUUUACGAAGUUUCGGAAGUAUAAUUAAAACGUCAGUAGCAUAUUUGAAUAUGUUAAGAACAAUGGCUGAGUGAAAUAGCAAUAUUAUUUUAUCAAUUGAACAAAAAACAAAAUAUAUUCACUUCAUAAUAAAUAUGAAAAUUUUU